CACUGGCACAUGGCGGCCCUGCACACCCUCCUGCUCCUUGGGCUGCUCCUUACGGCGCGGGGGCAGAGGGCGGCGCACAGACGGCGGCCGCCCCCUCCCCAGAAUGCGCUGGAGAAGGUGGCGGCUCAGGAGGGGCUCAGCCUCCACCAGCUCUCAGGGAAGUGGUUCCUGGUGGGUAUGGCCUCCCGCUGCAGCUACCUGGCAGAGCACAGCCACCAGCUGGAGGCCACAAUGAUGACAGUGACCAUCCUGGAUGGGGAGAGCCUGGUCAUCAGCACCUUCAGGAAGCUGGACAGGAUGUGCUGGGAAAUCAGGCAGCACUACCUUCCUGCCCAGGCCACUGGACGCUUCCUGCUGAAGGGCCAUAGGAAAAGCAGCAAGGUAGAUGUGGUGGUGGGUGAGGCUGACCCCAGCAGCUUUGUCAUCCUCUACUACCAGAAGGGCCGCAACGUCUCUGUUAAGCUCUAUGGACGGACCAGCCUAGUCAGUGACGCUGUCGUGGACAAGUUCGAGCGGCACAUCAGGGCUGUGGGUCUGAGUGAGGAUGUGACCUACUACUUCCCUACCUACGGGUUUUGUGACUCUGCCGAUGAGUUUCACGUCCUCGAUGGUGAGUUGAUGUGCUGGGUGCCCCCAUGUGCCAGGUUUGGUCCCGCACUGGGCACCGGUUGGGUGGUGGGCUGGGCACACUGGGCCAGAUCCACGCUGCACCAUGGCUGUGUGGUCCUGCCCCAGGAGUGUGGGUAGGGCUGGUCUGGCAGAGGAGAGGCCAUGACAGACCAUUCCCCAGAACAGAGUUUGUGCCGUUGUGUGGCAAACCAUCACUCAGGAUGGGCAUCAGGUACAUCCUGGCAAAGCAAACCCCACUCACCCCCCAACAUGGGUCAGACUGGGCUUGAUGGAUCUAUAUUGGUGUUUCCAGGGGUGAGGGCUGGUUUGGGAUGAGAUGUCCUGGCACAGGGGCACCCUGGGAUGAGGGCUGGAGUCCUUGGGGACAGCUCCACCACUUGUCAUUGGUGCUUGGGGAGGCAGAGGUAGGUCUCCAGCCUUGGUGCUGGGCUUGGACACCCCCCCAGCCCCUCAGCACUUCUCUUCCUUCCAGAAACGAAGCUGUAGGCGCAGAUAGAGCUGCCAGGGGGGUCCCAGAGCUCAGCCCUCACCUCACCCAGCUGCCCAUGGCCACACAGAUCUCAACCACGCUUUUCAUCAGCUCCCACUGCUGCUCCACAGUUCUGGAACCAGUCCUGGGGCUCCUCAGCUCCUCCAGCUGUGCUGGCAGCUGUGCCUGUCCUUGUCUUGUGCCCCUCAGCUUGUGUCCCUGCUCUGCUCUGUGCCCCAUUCUCCUGCAGCAGCCAGCAACACCCCAAUAAAUGCCUCAGAGAAGAGCCUGUGUACAGGCCCAUCACCUCUUCGUCUGCUCCAGCCAGGCCAGCACUGCCUCCACCACGGGCUGACAGUGCCUUGGACACUGCCCCUGGCUGGGGGAUGUUGGGGGGCUGUGCAGCCCUCUGCCAUCUCUGUGAGCCUUCCCCAGCCAUGGGAAAGUGGGGCAGAAUUGUGGUGGUUCCUGUGAUGUGGUGCCUGUGGUCCAGCUGGCAGGGGCAAAGGAGGACCCGGCACUGAGGGGACCAGCACCAUGCCUGGGGCCACAGGGAGCAUAGACUGUGGGGCACUGGGGAGAGCACAGCGUUUGCCUUUUCCCCCAAGAAGCUGGGAGAUCACUCAGGGACCCCAGGGGAGGAAAUCUUAGUCCCACAAUCCUGCUUCCCAUCCCCAGGGCUGGGAAACACCCCCUUCCCCUACCGCAGCCCUGCAGAGUUUGUUCUUCGAGGGGCUGAUGUCUGCACUGGGCUCCUGCCCGCACAGCCAGCACCUCUCAGAGAGAGAGGCAGGGUCUGCACGGUCUUCCAGUAGGGGUGACCCCCAGGGUUAAUGCUGCAGCCCAUCAUCGGGCCCCUCCUUCCUGUGUGUGGAGCCUCUCCGAGGCUGUCCUGCCACGCAUCGCAGGCAAGCGGUACCCGUUGCCCGUGGCUUCAGGAGAGGACAGGGACCAGCCCGGCGGCAGGCAGGUGCGGGGCCCCGUCCCCCCCUCCCGCAGCCCCCGGGGCGGGGAGCAGCCCUCUGUCCCCAGCGCCGGCAUUUUGCAAUCCGAGCGGGAACUGGUAACACAUGUUGUUUAUCCGAGAAUUAUGUAAGGGAAGCCGCGUGAUGUGCCCGCAGCCAGCCCCUGUUCCCACCACCCACGUGCGGGGUGGCCGUGUACAGCUCCCGAGCCUGCCAGAGCCGGGCCGUGGUGGAUGCAGCUCAUUCUACCUGCACCCCGAAGUAGCUGCACUGGGCAGGGAGAUGAGGAAGAAAGGGGAGAGCCCCGGGGAGCUGGGCUGGUCCCCAAGGAUUCCCCACACCCUUCAUCCCGGCUCAGCCCAUCUGUCAGGGUUAAACCAUUUUUGAGUGCAAACACCCAGGUGAUGCCCAAGGGUCUGUGUCCAGCUGCUGCGGGGACCCACAGCUCAGACACCCCGUCCUGCCCCUAGCCCUGCUUCUUUCUGCCCCUUGCCACCGUUGGUGUCCCCUUAUGCCCCCAAGUGCUCCCAUACUCUUGAGUUUGCACCACCUUUGCCACUCAGGUCCUAGGGCUGGCUCCCAGCUUUGCUACCCCCAGGAGAGAUGCCCCCACCUGGGCAUCCAUUGGGCACCCCCUCCUGGCACCUGGGCAGCAGGGGGAAGUUUCUGUUCCUGCCUCAGUGCCAGGUGGACAGUGACACCCCGGGUGCUCCCUGCCUCUGCCUAAUGGAGAGAGGUCCCCCCUGCACCCUGAGGGUGACCUCCGGGGGAGACUGAGCCCCAGCCCAGCAUGCAGGGCCCCAGCCAGGCUCUCAUGAUGGCCAGUCCUGCCUGGCUCAGCUUUUGUUUUGUUUUCUUAAAUCCGCGGGGCCGGGCAGGGCGGCCUCGCAGCGGGGCGCAGGGAAGGGAAUGUGCAGGGAGGGGCUGCCAGGGGAAAACCAGCUGUUCUGAAAACAUCCUCCUUACAUAAAGCACCUUGGCAGGGCUGUGCCGCGGGGCUGGGGCUAUGGCCAGCCCUGCCCAAACCCUGCCAGACCCCUGGGCGUUGCUGCUGGUACCCAGCAUACCUCACCCUGCCCCCCAGAUUGAGGGGGGGCACCUUAGUACCCACCGGUGACCUCAAAUCAAGGGGGAGGGAGUCUCCAGCCCCUCUUGGAAAAGGGUGCAGGGUGGUUGGGCAGGUGGGAAGUCAAGUUCUGUGGUGCAUCUGGCUGCAUGCUGGUCCCAAGGGAGCUGAGCAUGGGGCUCCUCAGCUCACCAGUGGGACGCACCCCGAGAGCGCUGGGGCCGGUAGAGAUACUUCCUUGGAUGAUGCAGAGACAAAGUCAAGGCACAGCAGGGUGUCCCACAGGAGCACAUGCAGGUGUCAAGUCCCGUGGGUUGGGACCUGGCAGGCACUGGACAUUUCCUCCAUCUCACUGGAGCCUCACUCUGGGUCCGAGUGAGGCCCCCCUGUGUGGAUGGGGCAGCGUUGGCCCCUCUCCGUG